UAUGGAUACAUGCAUGUUCACCAUAGAAAUCAUAGCUGAAGGCGCCCCAAACAUCACCUGUCCUUUCCCAGUUUCGAACUUGGGUACAGACUUGGGAGUAUCUAGUGCCGUCGUUUUGUGGUCGCCUGCGCCAUCGGCUGCUGAUGAUGUCGACACCUUAACUGCUGACAAUAUAACCUGUGUUGAUGCAGACGGCAAUAACGUGAUGUCAGGUGGCACCUUUGAUGUAGGCAUAACGACUGUCACCUGCAGCGUAAUCGACAGUGACUCCAAUUUAAACGUUUGCAGAUUUACUAUUGAAGUGGUUGAUGACGAAAUUCCAAUAUUUCUGAGUGUCCCUGACGACAUCAACAUAACGACAGACGCUGGUCAAUCGUUUGGCACUCCAAAUUGGGACUUACCAACAGCGAGUGACAACAACGGCAACUUUACUCUGAUGUGUUCUCACCAGCCGGGCGACACUUUUGACAUUGGAACAACGACAGUGACUUGUACUGUCACAGACCAAGCUGGCAAUACUGCAACUGUAACAUUUAACGUCACUGUCUUUGAUGACGAAAUGCCAAUAUUUCUGAAUGUCCCUGACAACAUCAACGUAACGACAGAUGAUGGUGAAUCAUUCGGCACACCAAAUUGGGACUUGCCUACAGCGAGCGACAACGGCGGAAACUUCACCUUAACGUGUUCUGACCAGCCAGGCAACACUUUUGAUAUUGGAACAACGAGGGUGACUUGUACUGUCAUAGACCAAGCUGGCAAUACUGCAACCGUAAAGUUUAACGUCACUGUCAUUGAUGAUGAAAUGCCAAUAUUUCUGAGUGUCCCUGAAAACAUCAACGUAACGACAGAGGCUGGUCAAUCAUUUGGCACACCAAAUUGGGACUUGCCAACAGCGAGUGACAACAGCGGAAACUUUACUCUGUCGUGUUCACACCAGCCAGGCGCUACUUUUGAUCUUGGAGCAACAUCAGUGACUUGCACCGUCACAGACCAAGCUGGCAACAGUGCAACUGUAAAGUUUAACGUCACUGUCAUUGAUGAUGAACUGCCAAUAUUUCUGAGUGUCCCUGAAGACAUCAACAUAACGACUGACGCUGGUCAAUCAUUUGGCACACCAAAUUGGGACUUGCCAACAGCGAGUGACAACAGCGGAAACUUUACUCUGACGUGUUCACACCAGCCAGGCGACACUUUUGAUAUCGGAACAACGACGGUGACUUGCACCAUCAUGGACGCAGCUGGCAACACUGCAACUGUAACAUUUAACAUCAUUGUCAUUGAUGACGAAAAGCCCAUAUUUCUGAGUGUCCCUGAAAACAUCAACGUAACAACAGCCGCUGGUCAAUCAUUUGGCACACCAAAUUGGGACUUGCCAACAGCGAGUGACAACAGCGGAAACUUUACUCUGUCUUGUUCACAACAGCCAGGCGACACUUUUGAUAUCGGAACAACGACGGUGACUUGCACCGUCACGGACGAAGCUGGCAACACUGCAACUGUAAAGUUUAACGUCACUGUCAUUGAUGAUGAAAUGCCAAUAUUUCUGAGUAUUCCUGAAAACAUCAACAUCACCACAGACGACGGUCAAUCAUUCGGCACACCAAACUGGGACUUGCCAACAGCGAGUGACAACAGCAGUAACUUUACUCUGACAUGUUCACACCAGCCAGGCGACACUUUUGACAUUGGAACAACGACGGUGACUUGCACCAUCAUGGACGAAGCUGGCAACACUGCAACUGUAACAUUUAACAUCAUUGUCAUUGAUGACGAAAAGCCCAUAUUUCUGAGUGUCCCUGAAAACAUCAACGUAACGACAGACGCUGGUCAAUCAUUUGGCACACCAAAUUGGGACUUGCCAACAGCGAGUGACAACAGCGGAAACUUUACUCUGACGUGUUCACACCAGCCAGGCGACACUUUUGAUAUUGGAACAACGACGGUGACUUGCACCGUCACGGACGAAGCUGGCAACCCUGCAACUGUAAAGUUUAACGUCACUGUCAUUGAUGAUGAAAUGCCAAUAUUUCUGAGUAUUCCUGAAAACAUCAACAUCACCACAGACGACGGUCAAUCAUUUGGCACACCAAACUGGGACUUGCCAACAGCGAGUGACAACAGCGGUAACUUUACUCUGACAUGUUCACACCAGCCAGGCGACACUUUUGACAUUGGAACAACGACGGUGACAUGCACCGUCACGGAUGAAGCUGGCAACACUGCAACUGUAACAUUUAACAUCAUUGUCAUUGAUGACAAAAUGCCAGUAUUUCUAAGUGUCCCUGAAAACAUCAACAUAACGACUGACGCUGGUCAAUCAUUCGGCACACCAAACUGGGACUUGCCAACAGCGAGUGACAACAGCGGCAACUUUACCCUGACAUGUUCGCACCAGCCAGGCGAUACUUUUGAUAUUGGAACAACGACGGUGACUUGUACCGUCACAGACCAAGCUGGCAACAGUGCAACUGUAAAGUUCAACGUCACUGUCAUUGAUGACGAAAUGCCAAUAUUGCUGAGUGUCCCUGAAAACAUUAACAUAACUACUGACGAAGGUCAGUCAUUCGGCACACCAAACUGGGACUUACCAACAGCAAGCGACAACAGCGGUAACUUUACCUUGACGUGUUCUCACCAGCCAGGCGACACUUUUGACAUUGGAGCAACAACAGUGACUUGCACCGUCACGGACGAAGCUGGCAACACUGCAACUGUAACAUUAAACAUCAUUGUCAUUGAUGACGAAAAGCCCAUAUUUCUGAGUGUCCCUGAAAACAUCAGCGUAACGACAGAUGCUGGUCAAUCAUUUGGCACACCAAAUUGGGACUUGCCAACAGCGAGUGACAACAGCGGCAACUUUACUCUGACGUGUUCACACCAGCCAGGCGAUACUUUUGAUAUUGGAACAACGACGGUGAGUUGUACCGUCAUGGACGAAGCUGGCAACACUGCAACUGUAAGGUUCAACGUCACUGUCAUUGAUGACAAAAUGCCACUAUUUCUGAGUGUCCCUGAAAACAUGAACAUAACCACAGACGACGGUCAGUCAUUCGGCACACCAAACUGGGACUUGCCAACAGCGAAUGACAACAGCGGUAACGUUACUCUGACGUGUUCACACCAGCCAGGCGACACUUUUGACAUUGGAACAACGACAGUAACUUGCACCGUUACGGACGAAGCUGGCAACACUGCAACUGUAACAUUUAACAUCAUUGUCAUUGAUGACAAAAAGCCCAUAUUUCUGAGUGUCCUUGAAAACAUCAACAUAACGACAGAUGCUGGUCAAUCAUUUGGCACACCAAAUUGGGACUUGCCAACAGCGAGUGACAACAGCGGCAACUUAACUCUGACAUGUUCACACCAGCCAGGCGAUACUAUUGAUAUUGGAACAAUGACUGUGAGUUGUACUGUCAUGGACGAAGCUGGCAACACUGCAACUGUAAGGUUCAACGUCACUGUCAUUGAUGACGAACUGCCAAUAUUCCUGAGUGUCCCUGAAAACAUCAACAUAACCACAGACGACGGUCAAUCAUUUGGCACACCAAAUUGGGACUUGCCAACAGCGAGUGACAACAGCGGUAACUUUACCUUGAGGUGUUCUCACCAGCCAGGCGACACUUUUGACAUUGGAACAACGACGGUGACUUGCACUGUCACGGAUGAAGCUGGCAACACUGCAACUGUAACAUUUAACAUCAUUGUCAUUGAUGACAAAAUGCCAGUAUUUCUGAGUGUCCCUGAAAACAUCAACAUAACGACUGACCCUGGUCAAUCGUUUGGCACACCAAACUGGGACUUGCCAACAGCGAGUGACAGCAGCGGCAACUUUACUCUGACAUGUUCGCACCAGCCAGGCGACCCUUUUGACAUUGGAACAACGACGGUGACUUGUACUGUCACAGACCAAGCUGGCAACACUGCAACUGUAAAGUUCAACGUCACUGUUAUUGAUGACGAAAUGCCAAUAUUGCUGAGUGUCCCUGAAAACAUCAACAUAACCACAGACGACGGUCUGUCAUUCGGCACACCAAAGUGGGACUUGCCAACAGCAAGCGACAACAGUGGUAACUUUACCUUGACGUGUUCUCACCAGCCAGGCGACGCUUUUGACAUUGGAACAACGACGGUGACUUGCACCAUCAUGGACGAAGCUGGCAACACUGCAACUGUAACAUUUAACAUCGUUGUCAUAGAUGACGAAACGCCGAUAUUUGUGAGUGUUCCUCAUGACAUCACUAUCACGACAGAUGACGGUGAAUCUUUCGGUACACCAACUUGGGAUUUCCCAACAGUUAGCGGCAACAGCGGUAACUUUACGCUGACGUGUUCUCGCCAGCCGGGCGACACUUUUGGUAUUGAAACCACGAUGGUGACUUGUACAGUUACUGAUGAGGCUGGCAACACUGCAACCGUCAAGUUUUAUGUCACUGUCAUCGAUGAGGAAAAGCCCAUAUUCCUCAGUGUCCUCGAUAACAUCAACAUAACGACAGAGGACGGUCAAUCUUUCGGCACUCCAAAUUGGGACUUACCAACAGCGAGCGACAACAGCGGUAACUUUACCUUGACGUGUUCUCACCAGCCAGGCGACACUUUUGAUAUCGGAACAACGACGGUGACUUGCGCCGUCACGGAUGAGGUUGGCAACACUGCAACCGCAAAGUUCAACAUCACUGUUAUUGAUGAUGAAAACCCAAUAUUUUUGAGUAUCCCUGAAAACAUCAAUAUAACGACAGACGCUGGUCAAUCGUUCGGCACACCAAACUGGGACUUGCCAACAGUGAGUGACAACAGCGGCAACUUUACUCUGACGUGUUCUCACCAGCCAGGCGACACUUUUGAUAUUGGAACCAUGACGGUGACUUGCGCCGUCACAGACAAAGCUGGCAAUACUGCAAUGUUACAGUUUGAUGUCGUUGUAUCUGACAAUCAAGCACCCAUUUUCCUGGAGACACCUGGAUCGAUUUACUUAGAGACCGAUCCUGGCGAAGCCUUCGGCACAGCAGCUUGGACAGUUCCAACAGUUGCUGACAACAGUGGCAACUUCACAUUGACGUCGUCUCACCGAUCAGGCGAGACGUUUGAUCUGGGACCCACCACGGUGACGUACACGGCAACAGACGGCGGGGGGAACACUGCAAGCGUUGAGUUUGUUGUCCACAUAAUAGAUAAUGAAGUGCCGAUAUUUCUGUCAAGUCCUGGAGAUAUCACCAUUUCCCUGAAGGGCGGAGCCUAUUGGAAUCCUCCCACUGCUUCCGAUAAUAGCGGGAAUUACACUAUAAGUGGAAGCCACUCUCCCGGGGAUACCUUCAGUCUUGGCGCAACAACAGUCAUUUACACGGCGACAGAUGCUUCUGGCAAUACUGCGACCGUUCAGUUUGUCGUUUAUGUAACAGACGAAUGCGAUCCUGGUAAUUCGACCUGCCCGGGGGACCUCAACUGUAUUUUCAUCGUUGGAAAGUACACAUGUGACUGCCCGUACGGAUCCAGACGGCUCGAAAACACCAGUUCAUGCAUAGGUGCGAUAGAAUUCAGGACCACGAUCGUAAUUGUUGAGUUCGUGUAUCCGAACCUCGUCAUACCGGCAACGUUUCCUGAUGAAUUACUGGACCCAACGACGGACACCUUCAAGAACAUGCAGGCAGAUCUUGAAAGAAUUCUGACCGAAGUGUAUCGCCAGCUGUAUCUCUUCAUCCGGGUCCGCAUCUACAGCUUCUUCCGUGGCAGCAUCGGUCUCAAUAUAGUGGUGACGUUUGACAACAGAACAAACGCAACGCUGCCAAUGGUUGCAGACACACUGAAUGAUUCUAUCACACGUGGCGAAUUGCUCUCUGCUUCCAUAUACAAGGUCACACCAAGUUCAAUCAAGGCGCUUGAGAUUGUCUGCGGGAAUGGCUUCUGCUUAAAUGGUGGCACUUGCAUUCCUGAUGCGAGCAACUACGCCAGCACAUGCAGGUGUCUGCCAGGAUAUUUUGGAGCACGUUGCAAUGAGACCAUUUUCGAUUUUGGCACCGAACAGCCGCCGCCUACGGCGUCACCUGACUCAAGUCUGACAAUCAUUCUCACCGUUCUUGGCUGCAUCUUCCUUGUCGUCCUCCUCCUCCUGUGUUGUUGCUUCUGGUUUUGCCUGGUGGCAGUCAAAAGGCGUCGGCAACGCCACCAGCAAAUGUACCAGAGUGAAGACUCCAUUGAGAACACUGAUCCGUACGCAUACGAUCCGAGAAUGACGCCGAGAUCGAUGAAGCAAGCAUCAUGCCGUCCGGUGGGGCUCUUUGCACCGUAUGUGGCUACCGGCAAUGAAGCCCAGGAACAGAUGGAACGUUACCCAUACGCUGAGAGACAAUACCAUAGAUAUUAGCUUGAAAACAACAAGCUUCUGCACAGCUGUUAGUUGCUUCACCUGAGGUGACAUCAGUAUCAAUUCGACGACUGUUCAUGGUGAAUUUCAGUACAAUUGAUUAGAACAUAAACAAUUUGUGCUGAAAUUAUAUCCGUUAUAAUUUUUACGAUUCCAGUAACACAGUUAGGAAGUUUACAUCAUAAAAGUAAAUUUUUAGCGUAACCUAAACUUGGCAACAUUUCAGGACGAAGCACGUCUGGAAAAUGAAGAAAUGAUAGAAAUACCAUUUAGUUUGCACCUAUCAGCCUAGUAGACUCGCCACACAAUGUGAACAUAGUUAUGUUUCCAAAAAUGCUGCACUGUACACACUGUAAAAAUGGUGCGUAGACUUUCUGUACCCACUUUUUUCACUUGUUUAUUCUCAGACAUGUUCAGAGUUUUUACACAGGACGAAAGUCUGUUAGUAGUAUCAGAUAUAAUUGUGCCAAAUUCAUAUAUUUUGGAUUUUGUCUAUAAAAAAAGACAAAGGAAAGUAGGACGUACAAUAUGUUUCAGGCUUUCUUUCCACAAGUCAUUCUAUUUACUUUUACAAUUUAUAUUUGGUUGUAGUAAGAGGCCUUCGUACUCUACCUAAAACACUGAGCUACAAAUCUAAACAUAUCGUAGAUUCAAACAUAAACACGGGACAUCCUUGCAAGUGCUGCCUUCAUGGGGUUGAAGAUGAACGCACUGCCAGCAGCACCUGGGCAAACCCCUUCUCUUAAUGACAAGUGUUACUGGGUUCUUUUACGUGCAUUACACAAUGCACAGGGCCUACGGCUUUACGUCCCAUCCAAAGGACGAAGCAAUAACGGUUAAGUGUCUUGCUUAAGGACACAAGUGUCGGUGUAGGCCAUCCAUUUGUGAAAAGAAAUUUAAGCAAGAUUACUCUCAUGUUAUAAGUAGAUUAGUAGCUCAGUAUGUAAAUAGUUUCAGGUGGUAAAAUAAGUCUUCUUGAAAUUAUUAGAUACAGUUAUAAGAAAUUAAUGUCAACACAUCGAGCUGUUAAGUGAAUGUGUGUUUACGCAAAUAUUGAAAUAUAAGAAUUAUAAUCAGAUUUUUUAAAGUUGAAAUUAUCACCAAUCUAUUUAAUAUGUAAAGUCAUAUUAAUUGUAAGGUAACAUAGAUUGCGUUUUUCUUUUCGUUUAUUGACCUUUUGUGAAAGACUGAAAUAUUUAGAACUUUGAUAAAUAUAAUGUGGGGAAACGGCCUCUGACGAUGCGACGACUAGUAGCAAGUCUAGGGGAGCACUUCAUCACUUUGCUUUCAAACUGUAUUACAUUUUAGCCUCAUCACAGCUCAACGAAUGUAAACAUUGGGUGCAGUGAGACUAGCGCUUCAAAUUUAUUCUGUGAAAGCAAUAAUUUUGAACAUGACCAUGUAAUGAUUUCUUAAUUGAAUCGAAUACUGGAACUUACUUUUGCAACUGUGCGACGUUGCGUCCGAAACAAUCGGACUUCGUCAGGAUACUGGUGACCCGGUGGGCUGGUCACGUGAGAGUCACUAGUUGCCUGACGAAAUCCGAUGGUUUCGGACGCAACGUCGCACAGUUGCAAAACGGUAAGUUCCAGUAUUCGAUUCAAUUAAGAAAUUAUCCACUACUACUGCUGGAUGACUGAUAACAUACAUUAUCAUGACCAUGUAAUAUUUGCUCAGAUAGAGUAAUGUUCAGAUUAAUACAACGUUUCUAUAACUUUGUUUUGGAUGUGCUUACACUGGGUAACUUGGUUAGCGUACGGGAAUAGCGAGACGAAGACAUUGGCUGUUGAAGAAUGCGGGGACGCGCGGUUUGCACCGUGUUUCAUUUACAUGGAAAAUGUGCAGCUGAGUUGUCAUAUUUUUUUUUAUUGAACUUUUUAUCAAGAUUUCAACAUUUUAAUGGAGACUUGUUAUCUCUUAAGAAUAAUAUACCAAACCGUGGCUUGUGUAAUUUAGAAUAAAUUUUAACUUCGUGUAACUUAGAAUGAAUUUUAAAAGUAAAAAAGAUAUAUUCGUAGAGAAGUACAUAAUAUUUUUAUGGUGAAGGUACGAUCAGUUUUAAGUUUGUAUUAUUGUUCGUAAUAUACUCCAUCCAUUUACUCGUAUUUUUCAAAUCGUUUCCUAAUUAAUUGUAUAUUCAAGAAUGUUCGAUUUGUUCAUCCCUUCAAUGUAUCGGAGUUGAGACUAGAUGGAUCUAAUAUAUUGGGCAUGAGGAAGCAUAUUAAUAAAGGUCGUAACGUUAGGUU